CACUGGUCGCUAGUCGCUAGUAAAGCAUUACACUACAGAUCGGAUCUGGUUGCGGACACAAUUCAGAAUGUCGGACACCAACAAAGACCUUCUCGAGGCCAUCCGCUCCUACCUGGUCAAGCAGGGUCUCAAGUCUUCCAGCAAAGCCCUGGUCAAGGAGGCCUCGCUGAACAAAGAGGACCCCAAUACUUCCGAUGUGCUCUUGAACAAGUGGAAUGCCGCUGCUCAGCCAGUCGUGAUCGAAGUUGUUGCCGAGUCCAGCUCCAGCUCCGAAUCCUCCAGCUCGAGCUCCGAUUCUGAAACCGACUCAAGCUCGAGCUCGAGCUCAGAUGACGAAGACGAGGAAUCCGACUCGUCUGACGAAGAAGAAGAAGUUGUGCCCGCCGCGGCAGCUCCGGUCGUCGCCAUCGCUGUCGAAACCUCGUCAGAUUCUUCUGAUUCCUCCUCGGACUCUGAAUCCUCCGACUCCUCUUCUGAAUCUUCUGAAUCAUCCUCGGACGAAGACGCCCCGCCUGCCAACCCUGGUUUGAUCGUCGCAGUCGCCGAAGAGGCUUCGGAAUCAUCGUCCGAGAGCAGCUCGUCCGAGAGUGAUAGCGAUGAUGAGAGUUCUUCCUCUUCGUCAAGCGAGAGUGAGAGUGACAGCGAUGACGAGAGCUCCGAUGAUGAGGAAACCACUACUGCCGUACCUACCCAGCCCGUCGUCGCCGUCGCCAUCGGUCAAAAGCGAAAACGCAGCGAGAGCGUUUCCUCUAGCUCUUCCAGUUCGAGCUCGGACUCUUCUUCCUCGUCCUCGUCCUCCUCCUCAUCCUCAUCCUCGAGUAGCAGCUCGUCGUCUUCAUCAUCCUCGUCGAGCAGCAGUUCUUCCUCCUCCUCUGACAGCGACUCGAACGUACCCGCGGUCGUAGCCGCUCUGCCCGUCACGCCCGUUCAGAGCGUUACCAAGAAGCGCAAGCUCGAUGCUACUGGUACUGCUGUCGUUACCACCACCACAACUACCACCAUCGAGCCUUUCACACCCGGAGCUUCUUCGACCCCUCUGAAAAACAAGAAAGGACAGCCCGUCCAAAGGUUCCAGCGGGUCAAGGCAGACGAAGUGUCGUUUUCCCACGACGGUCUCGCCGACAACUCGUUUGAUGCUCGGACCAAAGCCGGAGCUAGCAUCAACGAUUACGGUGCCAAGGCUAGUAGAGAUCUGAUUGUCACUCGUGGAGCCGGAUUCAGGAAGGAAAAGAACAAGAAGAAGCGAGGGAGUUAUGUCGGCGGCGAGAUCACUAUGCAAACGCACAGCAUCAAGUUUGAUUAG